AUGUCGACAGACUUCAGCACAUCCACGGGCACAAUACGAACCUUCAGCACUGUGGACUAUGUCGUGCUGUCCGUUCUCAUGGGCUUGUCCGCCGCCAUUGGUCUAUACCACGCCAUCAAAGACCGCAUACAGAAGAAGGAGAACAUGACUGAGUUUCUCUUAGGUGGCAGGUCGAUGUCUGUUGUCCCUGUCGCCCUGUCAUUGUCUGUGACUUUUCUGUCUGCUAUCACCAUCUUAGGCAACCCGGCAGUAACCGGCUUGAACAUUUGGGGAUGUGUCAUCGGUAUUGGCAUUGUGGUCACCUUUUACACAAGCUUGGGUGGCAUGAAGGCAGUGCUAUGGACCGACAGUCUCCAAUUUUUCGUGAUGAUUGCUGGUCUGCUGGCUAUCUUCAUACAGGGCUGUAAGGAAACAGGAGGCUUUUCCGCUGCCUGGGACUUGGCCGAAAAGCGAAAGAGGAUUGUAUUUGACGACUUCAGUUUUGACCCAUCAACCCGUCACUCCGUGUGGUCAGUGACGGUUGGUGGGUGGAUGCUGUGGACUGCUUUGUUUGGGGUGAACCAGGCCCAGGUACAAAGGUGCCUCUCCACAUCCAGCGUCAGAAAGGCACAGUUAGCAAUUCUCCUGAACACCCCAGCACUAGUAGGAAUCGUCAUUCUGUGUUGCCUGAUUGGCAUUGUGAUGUUUGCUUUCUACGCAGACUGCGACCCACUCUCUUUUGGACUUAUCGAGAAAACUGACCAGCUGCUUCCGCUGUUUGUUAUGGACAUUCUCGGUGACUUGCGCGGCAUCCCUGGUUUGUUUGUGUCCUGUGUCUUCAGCGGUAAUCUCAGCUCAAUAUCCUCGGCCUUAAAUGCCAUUGCAACGGUUGCCUUCAAAGACUUCCUCCAGCAGUUUUGCUGUAGCGGAGUGAGUGAACUAACAGCGACAAUCAUUAACAAGGCAUUGGGUAAGUAGUUAUCGUUUAUCGAGUAGUUAGGCACUUUAU